AUGGUGCUGGUGAGGUCCAACCAAAGUAACCACCUCUCUUCUCUGAACCUGCCCAGGUGCCACCGAGCGGUCUGGGGGCUCCCAUCUCCGAUGAAGCCCCCAGCAGAGCAGCGCGAUGCCCGGGGCGGUGGGAACGUGCGGCGUGACGCAGUGGGUAUGUGCCACCUGUCGGACAAUGCCAAGGGGCUGGCGGUGGCCCUGUUUGGUGGCGGCGUGCCCGCCGGCUUUGUGGGGCCCUUCACCCGCAUCGCCUACCAGGCGACCCGCAUGCCCUCGCUGGAGAUCCUGCUGUUCCGUUGCCUCAUGCACCUGACGCUGGGCGCGUUGUUGCGCUACCGGGGAGCGCCGUUAUUCGGACCGCGCCAGGCGUGGCGGCCAAUCUUCGUGCACGCCUUCAUCAACGUGGUGUCCAUCGGCUGCGCCUACAGUUCCUUCAUGGUCAUCCCGGCUGGGAGCGCCACCACCGUGCGCAAGGGGACCUCCACCCUCUGCUCCGCCAUCAUGGGCGUGGUCAUCGGCUCGUACCAGCUGACCGCCUACGACUGGGUGGGUCUGGUGGGCAGCAUGGCCGGCCUCUGCCUCAUCGUGGUGCCCGAGCUGAUGUGGCUGGAGAAGACCACCCUGCUGACUGACAUCCUGGGCUACGUGCUGGCCAUGCUGGGCGGCCUGGCGCUGGCCGUCGCCCUCAUCAUCUUCCGCACCUUCUCGCACCCGGCCAAGCUCCUCACCGCCGCCUUCACCUUCGGCGUGGUGGGCAGCUCGCUGUGCGCCCCCCUCUUCCCGCUGCUCCAGGAGCCGGUGAUCACCAGGGACCCGCUCACCUGGAGCUGUGCCACUAGCAUCACCGUCCUGGCUCUCGUCUCCUUCUUCUGUGCCAACUACGCCGUCACCAAGACCCACCCCGCCCUGGUCUGUGCCUUCCUGCACUCGGAGGUGGUGGUCACCAUGGCUGUGCAGUACUUUGUCCUGAGCGAGCCGGUCACUGCCUACGAUGUCGGUGGGGCCGGUGUGAUCAUCGGCAGUAUCGUGGUGGUGUCAAUACACAAUAUCCACAUCGGCAGGCAAGAGCAACAGCAGCUACUAGAGCAGCAACAACAGCAGCAGCAACUACAACAGCAACAGCAGCAGCUACAACAGAGCAGCACUAGAGCAGCAACAGCAGCAGCAACUACAACAGCAACAGAAACAAUAAAUCACCUUCAAGGGUACAGUGAGAUUCUUUUAUCGGACACACAGAUCAGUAGGAUUAUUGGCGUAUAUAAGAACCAUUCCCGGUGA